AUGUUGGGGAGACUGACGGGCACGCAGGAUGAAGCCACGGUGAAUGGGCCGAAUCGAGAGGUCGCUGCUGAAUGUGCCGGCCCCAGCACUAAGCAGCACGACAACUUCAACCCGACUCAAGAUGCGACACCGCUCACAGUAAUUCAGCCAUCAGAGGAGCUACCUGUCACAAGUGACUCGAACAAGUCAACAGAAGAGGCAGACUUUUCGACUGAACCCUCUCUUGAGAAGCUUACAGCUACUGCAUCUCUGUCGCAUGCAUCGUCGUCCGACCAUCUCGAAGAAAAAGACGCCACAAACCAGCAGACAUAUCGGAAUACCACGGUUGAGGACGAUGAUGCCGAGUUUGUCCCACCCGAUGUGGAGCACAUUGUCUCAACUGGAGCUGCACAGGAAGGUACUUUAUCAAUGCAGACGCUCCGCGAUCUGGUAGCACAAGCAAGAGCGACCACAGGCCAGCCGCGAGAAACCCUGCCCCCAGGCUUCGACGAUGAUGAACCAGAGGCGAGCAUUUCGACCUCAGCCCAAUCACAUGGCGAGAAACGCAAGGCAGAAGCCGAACCCGAGAUCCUGAACCAAUCCAGCUCCGGAAUCGAGGAGGUCAAGGCAGCUGCGGAAAAAAGUCAACUUCCCGAGACCAGAAAUCUUUUGCAUAAGGCGAUCUCUUCCAUUUCUGGUCUCGUUUCGCGGCGUGCCAAAACGGAGAGCAUUGCAACAGUUUCAACAACCACGACAUCUGACAAACAAGGUGAAGAAGAAGACGUCGAGCUGCCAAAAGAUGAUAAAGAAGCCGAUGAGAGCGACGAUGACGGAUCGAGCUCCGACUCGGGAUCCUCGAGUAGUGUUUCAUCUGAUGAUGAGGGCGACGAAACUGAAGACCGAAAGGUAGGCGCGGCACUUCUGGGUGAGGAGGAUGAUGAUGAAGAGGGUGGCGAGUUUAGCACAGCGCCAGUCACCAAAAACGAGAUCCUCGCUCCUGACGUUGAGCAACCGUCUAUACAGGAACUGACGGCGGAGGAACAGCAGACGUUGCGAAAGCUAGGCAGGGUCCAUUCCAUUGUCGACAGCGUGGUGGUUGUGGAACAGGACGUACAAAAGUCCAGUCAUGCCGAUGCUGCACGGGCCAACAACGGUGCCAUUCCCAUCGAUAGCACGGGUCGUCAAGGCGAACGUCAGGGCGAGUACAGCGUGUUGGACACAGGAAGCCUGCUCUGCUUCGAGGAUGGAAAAGUGCUUGGUCUUGUAUUCGAGACGUUCGGAUCGAUCCACAACCCAAUGUAUUCGAUCCGGUUUGCUUCGGCCACGGCGAUUGACCGUAAUCUGAUCAGCGCCGGCAAAGAGGUCUAUUAUCUUCCAAAGCAGAGCACCUAUGUUCUUACACAGCUGCUUAGAUCCAUGAAGGGUAGCGAUGCUAGCAAUAUGUGGGACGAGGAGGUGGCCGAGGACGAGAUCGACUACUCUGACGAUGAGCAGGAGGCCGAGGCUAAGCGCCGCGCCAAAGCGAUACGUUCUGGCAAAGUCGAUGACCAGGGCAAUCCACUUGUCACCUCUUCUGCACGCGCUAACAAACGCCAGAAACAACAGCAGGGUUCAGGUCAAAGCUCUCAGCCACCUCCUCGACUCUCUGCCAACGGAUCUUUCCAUCAGCGUUCAGGCCAACACAGCUCACAGUCACGGUCGAUCAACAGUGCGCCAACGUCUUUGCCCAGGCGCGCCGGCGGUGCAGCGAACCUACCUCUCCCACCCGCGCCCGCCGGACCUGCCUCGCUGGGACCCGCCUUCCCACACGGAAUCGCGUCUCUGCCACCAAGACCUUCGGCGGGACUUCCUUCGAAGCCCACACUCACUAAUGAGGCCUCGAAGGCUUUUGACUCGAACGAUUUCGAAUCGCCAGCUGGACCGAGAUCCCGGACGGGCACUGCUGAGGGAUCCGUGAGCGGGCUGACGCACAGUAGAAUGAGCAGUGCACCAGCGAGCAGUCUGCCUGCUAAGCCCGUUCAUGCUGUAGCAGCAGUAGCAUCAGGUCCGGCUACUCCAAAGAUAAGCACAGCAGCUACAUCUCCUUAUCGAUCUCCUGCAAGUGUCGUAGGUGCGUCUUCACCGCCACAUGCUUCUCGUGUAGCUUCAAUGAGGAUCGUGGCGCCUAUGUCAACUGGAGCCUACCCUCAUCAAGGCUCGGCUGGUCAAUAUGCUGGAGCUGCCGUAGCGCCUUCCAGCAUGCCGGCGUCUCCAGCUGCUCCCAGUCGGCAUGCUAAUGAGCAUGGCUCUGCAUACAGUCCCGGAGUUGGGGCGCCAUUAUCAGUCCAAGGUGGUGGUCACUUCAAUCCAGCGUACAUGGCUCACUGGCAGCAUCCGUACAGUCCUGCACCGACCGCUGCAACGCACGCGCAUUACGUCGCCGCUAACACUGUUUGGAACAGGCCGCAAUCAUACCAACCCCCACCUCUGCACAUGACCCCAGGUGUCGCGAGCCAGCAGCCAUAUGCGAGCUACGCCAGCUCUCAUGCCGGCUACGGCGCUCCGUCUGGUGCUUCCGGAGCCUCUUGGAACGCUCAGAGUUAUCCUGGGUCGCAUUACCCAGGCUACACGGAUCGAGAGUAUUAUGCUUCCGCUGCUAACGCCGCUGUCUCCGGCGCCGGCGCUGGUCAUGCUAGUCAGCACCAUUAUGCUCCGGCCCAAGCGUUUGCUUAUGGUAGUCACUCAAAUGUAGGCGCCAACGCAGAUCCUUACAACGGCUACACAUACACACCACCAACUGCACACGCAGCAUCAACAGGUAGCACUGUAGCGUCUUCAGCAGCACCUGACAGCUACGAUCCGAGAAGUCCAUUGAUGUGCGGCAACAGCACUGAUCCGAACCAACAUGCUGCAUCUGGCUCGACCCAUGCUCAAGGGCCCUGA